UUAGCCGCCAGGUGCUUAAAUGAAGUUUUUGUGAACUCUCCAAAUCUUAAUUUUACUGUGCCAGAGUGAACAACGCCAGGAAUCUGCGAUUGUGACGAACCAAGACGGGAAUUUUUUUUCCCGUUUUGUCCUAUUUCGUGAUUGGUCGCCUCGACCCCACGCCGCUGUGUAGGCCAUUUGCUCUACAAUAUAUUUAUAAUCAUGGCGGCUUCGGAAGGUGAUCAUCGUGUCCAAAAAUCUGCGGCUGCAGCACAAAGACCGCCUCAUCUCAAGGCUUUAGAGGGAUUAAGCUUUUCUGAAAGCAUGUCGAGACGACCCCCUCGCCUUCGAAGGCGCUCAAUUUCGGUGUCAUCGACCGAUAGUUAUGGGAGCUCAGCUAGCUAUUCCGAUAGUUACUCAUCUGACGAAGACGAUGUUUCUCCAAGGGAAAGAUCUCAGAAAAACAGCAGUGGUGGAUCAGAUUUUUGUGUUAAGAAUAUUAAGCUGGCUGACUUUGGUCGCAGGGAAAUUGAAAUAGCGGAACAAGAAAUGCCUGGGCUCAUGCUAUUGAGAAAGCGGAAUUGCACAGACAAGCCGUUAGAAGGGGCCAAAAUUGUUGGUUGCACCCAUGUAACUGCGCAGGCCGCAGUUCUCAUAGAAACACUUAUUGCCCUUGGUGCCCAAGUGCGUUGGUCUGCAUGUAACAUUUACUCGACACAGAAUGAAGUUGCGGCUGCUUUGGCUGAGGCAGGUUACCCCAUCUUUGCAUGGAAGGGAGAAUCUGAGGAGGACUUUUGGUGGUGUAUUGAGCAGUGCAUUACAUCUGAUAAAUGGCAACCUAAUAUGGUCCUGGAUGAUGGCGGUGAUGCAACUCAUCUGCUGUACAAGAAGUUCAACGGAACUUUCAACACGCUGCGUGGAGUGGUGGAGGAAAGUGUGACAGGAGUUCACAGAUUGUAUCAGCUUUCCAAGCAAGGAAAACUAACAGUUGCAGCCAUGAAUGUUAACGAUUCAGUUACCAAGACAAAGUUUGACAACAUGUAUUGCUGUAGAGAAUCAAUCUUAGAUAGUUUAAAGAGAACCACAGAUGUAAUGUUUGGUGGAAAGCAGGUUCUUGUGUGUGGAUAUGGUGAGGUUGGUAAAGGUUGCUGUUCUGCUCUCAAAGGCCUGGGUGCCAUAGUUUAUGUUGCAGAAAUUGAUCCCAUCUGUGCAUUGCAGGCAUGCAUGGAUGGCUUUAGAGUUGUCAAGAUUGACAUGGUUUGUAAGCAAAUUGACAUCCUGAUCACAUGUACAGGAAACAAACAUGUUGUCACAAGAGAACAUAUGGAUAGAAUGAAGAAUGGUUGCAUAGUUUGCAACAUGGGGCACUCAAAUACCGAAGUGGAUGUGGCUAGUUUAAGAACAUCAGAUCUGACGUGGGAGAAGGUUAGAACACAAGUAGAUCAUAUCAUCUGGCCAGAUGGCAAGAGAAUUGUGCUGUUAGCAGAGGGUCGCCUUGUCAAUCUCAGCUGUUCUAGUGUUCCUUCUUUUGUAGUUUCCAUUACGUCAACAACUCAGGCUAUAGCUUUAAUUGAACUUUACAAGGCCCCACCAGGGAGAUAUAAACAUGAUGUCUACCUUCUGCCAAAGAAGAUGGAUGAAUAUGUAGCAAUGUUGCACUUGCCAACAUUUGAUGGCCAUUUGACUGACCUCACAGAAGAACAAGCUAAGUAUCUUGGAGUGAACAAAAAUGGACCAUUCAAGCCGAAUUACUACAGAUACUAAUGGCGAGGGACUGGACUUCUCUGUAGCCAUGGAUAAAUGCUUGUAAAUUCUGUGAACAUUUUUAAAAAUUGCUAUUUAUGAAAUAAAGCAGUAUUUUGCCACAUCUGGCCUAACCGCAACCUCGCUGGACCUUCCAAUGCACCUCCUAAUAAAUGUCACGCAAGACAACAUACUGUAGUUCAUACUGUCAUUAGAGUAACCUACAGUACUCUAGUUAGAAUUACUGUUGUACUAUUUUCUUUAUCUGUAAGAAAAGACCAAAAAAAAAAAAAAAAAAAA